UAGUAUACUAGAAGCAUGGGUGAUGGUGUAAUAAAGAAUGGUGCAUACAAAUAUGAAGAUGGUACAAAAUAUAUUGGGGACUGGAAUUCAAAGGGGUUGAAACAUGGUGCUGGUUCUUUACUCCUUCCUGAUGGGACACGUUAUGAUGGUGGCUUUCAAAAUGGAUUGUGUUCUGGCUUAGGAGUCAUAAUAUUCCCAGAUGGAGCAAAAUAUGAAGGUGAGUUUAUGCAAGGCUGGUUUCAUGGUCAUGGUGUAUUUUGGAGGUCAGAUGGGAUGAAAUUUGAGGGAGAAUUUCGUGGUGGACGUGUAUGGGGAUUAGGAUUAAUUACAUAUGCAGAUGGAUCACAUGGUUUUCCUAGAAAUGAAGGAUUCUUUCAAGAUUGCAAACUUGUACGUCGUAGACAUUGUCCAGAUAUAGUACAGAAGGCACAGAAAAUUUCUAUGAUGGCACGUGCCCAAUGUAGUUAAAUAUUAAACAUAAAUAUUAAUUAGUUAUAUUAAAACUUAAUAAAGAGAUAUAAUAUGUCAUACUAUAA